UGUUCAAGUGUGGGAAAAUAAUAAAGUGAGUGGUGAAAAAUGGCUCGUACAAAGCAAACAGCCCGAAAAUCGACUGGUGGAAAGGCACCACGUAAACAAUUGGCGACGAAAGCUGCACGCAAAAGUGCACCAGCAACUGGUGGAGUUAAAAAGCCACAUCGUUAUCGUCCAGGUACAGUGGCGUUGCGUGAAAUUCGUCGCUAUCAAAAGAGUACCGAAUUAUUGAUACGCAAAUUGCCAUUCCAGCGCUUGGUUCGUGAAAUAGCGCAAGAUUUCAAAACAGAUCUACGUUUCCAAAGUUCUGCUGUUAUGGCUCUACAAGAAGCAAGUGAAGCAUACUUGGUUGGUCUGUUUGAAGAUACCAAUUUGUGUGCCAUCCAUGCUAAGCGUGUUACAAUUAUGCCAAAAGAUAUUCAAUUGGCCAGACGUAUUCGUGGUAUGGCUCGUACAAAGCAAACAGCCCGAAAAUCGACUGGUGGAAAGGCACCACGUAAACAAUUGGCGACAAAAGCUGCACGCAAAAGUGCACCAGCAACUGGUGGAGUUAAAAAGCCACAUCGUUAUCGUCCAGGUACAGUGGCGUUGCGUGAAAUUCGUCGCUAUCAAAAGAGUACCGAAUUAUUGAUACGCAAAUUGCCAUUCCAGCGCUUGGUUCGUGAAAUAGCGCAAGAUUUCAAAACAGAUCUACGUUUCCAAAGUUCUGCUGUUAUGGCUCUACAAGAAGCAAGUGAAGCAUACUUGGUUGGUCUUUUUGAAGAUACCAAUUUGUGUGCCAUCCAUGCUAAGCGUGUUACAAUUAUGCCAAAAGAUAUUCAAUUGGCCAGACGUAUUCGUGGUGAACGUGCUUAA